UUAAAACCCCGCUCGGACCGGGGCGCCUGCAGUCUCCCGUCCCAGUGGAGCGUCCCCGCCGCACCCCACCCGCGACGCUCGCUGAGCGCCCCGCCGGCCGCGCAGGAUGGUGGUGUGCGGCCUCGCCUGCUGGAGGUGCAGGUGGCUCCUGCCACUGCUGCUGGGCCUGGCCAUCAUCAUGGGCAUCAUCGCCCUGGCGGGCCGGGGGUGGCUGGAGUCCGAGUCGGAGCCCUACGUGCAGCAAGCGUCGCUGUGGGAGAGCUGCACGCGGGGCGAGGAGGACCUCAACUGGAACUGCGAAUCCCUCAUGGACUACGGCUGGGGGAGAGCAGCAGCUGCCACAUACCUCGUUGGCUUUGUGAUUCUGGUCAUCUGUUUCGCUCUUGCAGUCAUCGCGUUCUCGAUCGAGAUACUCCGCUUCAACUUUGUGCGAGGAAUUGGAGGCUUGCUCUUUGUUGUAGCUGCAUUCCAGAUCAUUGGCUUGGUCAUUUACCCAGUGAAAUUCACGGAAGAUAUUCCACUGACAGGAGAUAAUAUGUUCAGCUGGGCCUAUGGCUUUGGUUGGGCCAGUACUGUCGUUGUUAUAGGUUGUGCUUUCUUCUUCUGCUGCCUCCCCAACUGGGAAGAUGAAGUCCUGGGAAACAUCAAGCCUACCUAUUACUACUCCUCCCCAGAGAGAGCACCAUACUUAAAUUGAAAGAUUAAGUCCAAGUACAGUCAACUGUCAAAACAACAGAGGAGUACCUAUGAUGUACAUCCGAUGUGAUUGUAGGAGACUGAAAAAACCCACCUUAUUUCACCAGACUAUUUUUUACUAUCCCUCGCAAUAAAUCAGGAAAAACACUGGCAUCCUUAAGCAAAUAACUUUUACCUAAAGUAUUCAGUUAUGUAU